CGCGGUCGUAAGGCCAAUAUCAAGCACAACUCUGCUAUCUGCUCUGUUCUUUUGAAGCAUCACUAUUAUAAUUUCCCUCUAACACUGCAAUGAAGGUAGGAAUCGCUGGCAUCACUGGCAAGUUUGCCCGGCUUCUGGCCACGCACCUCCUCGCGCAUGAAGGAGCCAGUAUCAAGGGAUAUUGUCGCACUCCGUCCAAGGUGCCCGAGGCCAUCCGCUCAUCUCCCCGGGUCGAAUUGACCCAAGGAGAAGCCUUUGACCGCGAGGCGGUGCGCUCCUUUGUCCAGGGCUGCGACGUCGUUGUCUGCUGCUACCUGGGUGACGACAAGCUGAUGGUCGAGGGUCAAAAGCUGCUCAUCGAUGCCUGUGAUGAGCUGCAGGUCACCCGUUACCUCUUCCUUAAGGAUCCUAUGAUUCAUGUCAAGGCAUAUCUGGAGACCAAGGCCAAUGUUGCUGGGGUUCAUAUUCUCAUUGGGGGCUUCAUGGAGCCGGUAUUGAGCCCUUUCUUCAACAUCCUUGACCCUAGCACGAUGACCUUUAGGUACUGGGGUGAGGGAGAUGAAGUCAUGGAGGGAACGACUUAUGAUGAUGCGGCCCGCUUCACAGCUGCUGUUGCCUUGGAUCCAAAUGCUACCGGAGUCCUUCGUUUUGUCAGUGGCCGUGCCAGCAUCCGCGAUAUCGCUCGCUCUUUUGAAAAGGUAUACGGCAUAAAGCCUUCUCUGGAAAGGCGUGGCUCGUUAGACGAGCUCUAUGAGCACAUGCACAACCUGCGAUCCGAAGACCCGCAAAAUGUUUACGGAUACAUGGCCCUCUUCUUCUACUACUAUUGGAUCAACGGCCAGACAUUUGUCGGGCCGCAGUUGGACAACGGCCGGUAUUCCGACAUCAAGCCUGUGGACUGGGAGGGAUAUAUGUCCAAGUGGCCGAUUGACCAGCUGCCCACAUCAUACUUUGCGCUGGGCAUGUAAGAGGCGUGGCUUGAAUCAGUCGUGGUGACGAUGUAUGUAAAGAAAAGUCAGAACCUAGAUAGGGCAUUAACGCGUCUCCAAUGUCACGGAAUAGCCAUUAUAUAAUGCCAGAAGAACGCUUCCGCGUUUGGAUAGAGAAUAGCAACAGACAAUCCGGGUACAGAUUGAAGCGCUAGGCGUUCUCUCCAGCUAUAACAUCAUUGAAGUUCAUU